CGGGAGCCAUGAUGCUGUCUGUUGACCAGAUAAAACCUACACAGGUCCUGACAGAGCCCCUGGGUUUUCUGCCAAUUUACCUGCUCCCUGCUGCCAAUGGCCGUCCUCCAGGCGCUGGUGAUCGCCUGCCUCUCCCUGCUCCUCGCGACCACAGUUGCUCUGGUCUGGGUGUUUCCCAUAGGUAGGGCGAGAGCAUCAGACUCAGAUGCGAAGAAAGCUUCGAUCUCUGUUCAGAUCGUUGUCCUUGGCGAUAUUGGGCAUAGCCCAAGAAUGCAGUACCACGCCGAGAGCGUCGCGAAACACGGUGGCCGCGUUACGAUAAUAGGAUAUCAGACAUCUCCACCGAAGCCGGAGCUCCUUUCGAACCCUCUUGUCUCCAUCGUUGCCCUCCCACCCCCUCCAAAGAUGCUGCAGACAAAGAAUAAAGUACUCUUUCCUCUACUGGCAGUCUUGAAGGUGCUCCAGCAGACCUGGUUCCUGUGGAGCGCUCUCGUGUACCGCUCCAAGCCCGCCCAAUGGAUGCUCAUCCAGAACCCGCCCACAGUCCCGACCCUCGUCAUGGCCCAACUUGCUUGUUGGCUCCGCAAUACUCGACUGAUCAUUGACUGGCAUAAUUUCGGAUACUCCAUCCUGGCAAUGAAGCUAGGACCGCGCCAUCCAAUGGUCAAAUUCCUUCGGUUUCACGAAAUGACAGCCUGUCGUUUCGCCACUGCCCAUUUUUGUGUCAGCAAAGCCAUGGCGAGGAUGCUUCAACAAGAAAUCAAUUUAGUUGCGCCUAUACUAGUGUUACAUGACCGGCCGCCGGAGCUGUUUCAGCCGAUUGUCAGGGAAGAUGAGAAAUUUGCCUUUCUAACUUCUCUUCCGGAAACAAACAACUUCGUAAAAGCUUAUCGCGCCGGCAGGCAGUGCGAGCUACUUGUUAGCUCGACAUCAUGGACCCCAGACGAAGAUUUCUCGAUCUUUCUAGAUGCAUUGUGCCAGUACUCGACCCAUGCUGCCACUGUGGAUGCAAACCUCCCCGACUUGUAUGUCGUCAUUACUGGCAAAGGGCCGCUACAGCGCACGUACCUCCGCGCCAUCGCAGCUCUGACAGCGGAAGGGAAGCUGCGAAAAAUACACAUACAAUGCGCCUGGCUUACGAUACAGGACUAUGCGAAGUUACUUGCAUGUUCUUCCCUAGGUGUGUGUUUGCAUACCAGUAGUAGCGGCGUCGAUCUACCGAUGAAAGUCGUAGAUAUGUUUGGCGCCGGUUUACCCGUAGUUGCAUGGGACCGGUACGAGGCAUGGCCAGAACUAAUAACCGAGGGUGUCGACGGGAAAGGAUUUGGCAGCGCUGAAGAGCUUUCUCGUCAUCUAAUCGAUCUCCUUGGCGAAGAUAGAUCCCAGCUGCAAUGGCUUCGACAGGGCGCGAGAAACGCCAGUAAAAGACGAUGGGAUGACGAGUGGGACCCCGUCGCCGGGGAAUUUCUGGGACUGACAUCUUAAUGAAGGCAGUAGCUAUGUUCUCAAUAGAAAAAUAAAUAUAAAUAUUCCUGUCCCUUCUUUU